AUGUAUGAGAAGAGCAUAGAACUACAAUAAUAGAACCCACAUUCAAAGAACUACAUAAACUUGAAAGUUCCACUCCCAAAAAUUGAAGUUCUGUUUAAUGAAAUUUAUUUGAAUGAUGUCUCUCCAGAGGUAACGUAGAAAAAUUAUACUCAAACCUAAAAUAUAUCUAGUUCACAUGGCUAUUUGUCAAAGAAGAAAAAAUAAAGAAAAAGAUAGAAGAGGAAAAAUUCUUUAACUGAUACUGGCAAACCAGGUGAUAGCGAUGGUGAUUGA